UUAUUUUAAAUUUUAAAUACGACAGCUUAGGUAUUCCUAUAUAUAUUUCCUCAAAGCUAGCUUACUUGUAAUUCCCCAACCUAAAGACAUGAAAUUCUCACUUGGUGCCUACAAAUACUACAUCUUGGUUUUAUUUAUGUUUGUUUUGCUUACUAUCACACUUACUACUCAUUCCAACCCAAAACAUUAUAUUCAUAAAAGAACAAUCGCCGAUGGAGAUCCAAGUCACUCCAACCGAAAGGGGCUAGCCAGGGAAGAGUUGGGGAGAGAGUUAUACCCAAUGGGAUCAAGUUUGCCAGAUUGCUCACAUGCUUGUGGAGUUUGUUCCCCAUGCAAGAGGGUAAUGGUUAGCUUCAGAUGUGCUUCUGAGUCUUGCCCUAUUGUUUACCGAUGUAUGUGCAACGGCAAGUUUUAUCACGUCCCUUCUUCCAACUGAUCAAUUUGCUCCAUUAAUUCUUUCAUCGAUCUUUACGUACCGGCAACAAACCUUUGGAUACACAUAGCUGUACGUGUACUCGAGUUUAAGAUUCUAUUUUCUAUGCAUGUCAGAAAGCUUAAAUGAGCUUCUACUUUUAAUUUAAAAAUUUUGAGGAGUAGGACCAAAAUCCAAAUUAUGGAUGUUAAAAUGUGUCUUAAUUGUAGACUUGUAGCGUAAGUAAGAAGAGAAACAAGUUAGUAUCCGAAUCACUAAUCAUGUACUUUGAUCAGCAACUAAAUUAAAUUAUUCAUGUUUUGAUUUAAGAAGCUCCUUAAUUGUA